AUGAAUUUAGGCAAGGAAGUGGGGGAAAGCAGUGAUGGGUUUUCUGAAAAAAGCGAAAACCGGGAGGUGGUUUUUGCCGCUGAUGCACCUGCAGAUCAUUCAAAACGUAAACGUUAUUUAACUGCGAAGUACGAUAGAAGGACUCGUCAAAAAAUUAGCGAAAAAAUUCGUCUUGAAAACUUUGUUUUCGAACAUCUUCGUACUCUUUAUUGCACAGAGGUCGAUGACUACGAUUGUGAUAUCGACUUGGAUGAAAUAAGUGAUCUUAAGACAAAUGAUGAGAAAGUGCAAACUUUGAAGGAAAAGCUAAAGUCCUGCCCAGCUAAACAGGAGCAAAUCGAUGCAAUACCGAAAGGAAAGAAAAUAUUUAUUUUAGGUUCAGUUCAUGCUCGACUUCACAAACAAGCUAUAUAUAUACGCAACUAUGAAAAUAGUUUUUUUCCAAGAUAUUCUGGUAGUAUUUUAAUGAAGUUAACAUUCAAACCCUUUGUUGAAGAGCUUAAUCUUAGUUCAGAUUUGAUGGUUAAGUUUUUUAACUCAUCAUAGUGUUUGGUGAUAUUUCCAUUGAAAAGCAAGCCUAUAAAGUAUAACUCACCCGUAUGGCAUAAAAUCAUUGAGUACAGAACAUCGAUACUUGAUAUUGAUGCACAACAGUGCUGUUAGUCUAGGAAUAAGUAAGUUGAAAUGGUUCACCGCAGUCUUUUCAUUGAAAUUAUAGAGCCAUGUUAGAAAGAAGUUAGAAAUUCUGUUUUUGAGCUAGUAUAAAAAACGAUUUUGAUGCAACAAAAAACAUUUGAGUAGAUUGAUUUCGUGGUAGGUGUAAUGCAAUUCAGUGGUUAAGCUCGAGUCAACUAACUAAAGGUUCCGAGUUCAGUCAGUCUUUGACUUCAUCGACUCUAAUAGUCAAAGUGUCAUAACAGAACCUUAAAGGAAGCAAGUCACUAAUGAAAUAAUUUUGAUUCGAUGUUUGUGGAGACUGAGUUAUAGAACAAUGAAUUACUGAGAUAACCGAACUAUUUUAAUUUUUUUUCUUUUCAAUCCGGGUACCAGAAUCGUUGUAAUACCAGUCACCAAGAACGAUAUAUUAUGGGAUUUUCAAAAAUGCACAUACAAUAUAUAUAUAUAUAUAUACUAUAUGUCUUGUUAUUUCUGACUAGAUUUAAUUUUAUGAAGAAAGGUAAGGAUCAAUCGAAAAAACCUGGGACUUAAGUCGACCCCAAUGACAAAGUUUAUUUUAGCCUAGACAUAAGAUAGAACUUAAUUAACCGAUGAAGAUAAAUUAUGAAACUAAUCUCAGGGAGUUGAGCAUAAUAUAAUACAACUAAGUGUGUACCAUAAUUGAUAAAUUCAUGAGUCGGAACAGUACAUCAAAAGAGCACUCGAAAAAUUACUUAAUCAGAUAUUGAAACAUUUUAAAGUUCCUCAAAAACAACUAAAAUCGUCCUAAAGGAAAUCAUAGAUGAAAAUCAUAGUUAACUUUUAAUCAUUUCAAGAAAAGGAUCGGAAUUUUUAACUGCUCAAAUAUACAUCUAAAAUUCAACCUCAUUCGAAAUGUUUUUAAAUACUGUGAUUCAGUGUUAUCAAAGAGGAUGACUGAUUUCUAACUCCGAAUUGCAUUCAUUUUUAUUUCCUGUGAUGAGUUCGGAAAUUAAAUAAGAAAAGUUGGUAUCACAUUGAGUACUCAAUUAAAUAUUUAAGACUAAUCGUAGUAUGUAUUUUAAAACAUUGUAGAUCAACAAUAAGUUUACUAAUGAACCUAAGAAAAAAAUAUUUAUACAAGGAUUAGGAUUUUAAAAAG